AUGGCCACCGCAUCGGAGGACCCCCACCUGGGCUCAGGCCCUGAUGAGGACGGCAUGUCUCUGUUGGAGAGCGAGUCCGAUUCAGACAGCAUCCUCUCUGACGACUCGGUGCUUCCACAGCACAUGCCGGAGAUAGCAAACGGGCGUGCAGCAUCAACACUGUAUCAAGCAUGCGCUCGUAAUGAACCCGUCUCUCUGCGGAAGAUUCUGGAGAGAGGGGUCACAAAAGAGGAAGUCAUGGAGCUGGACAUCAAUGGCUGGAAUGGCUUGAUGGUGGCUUGCUUCAAAGGUUUCGUGGACAUUGUAUAUGGGCUCCACAACUGUCCCUUUAUAGACACAAAUCACCAGGACAAUGAAGGCAACACCGCUCUGAUGAUUGCAUCCCAAGCAGGACACGUCAACACAGUCAUGUUCCUCCUAAAUUACUAUCCUGGUACAGACCCUGAAAUAAAGGAUUGUCGAGGUUUCACGGCCCUCAUCAAAGCUGCUAUGACCGGCCGCAAUGACGUUGUGGCUGCCCUUGUUAUGGCUGGAGCUGACAUUCAUGCAGUAGACACCACAAGAGGAAAAUGCGCUCGGGACUGGGCACUGAAAACAGGUCGCUAUGAGACUCUCUAUCGUCUCCGACGCCUCAAUAUGCGACCAAAAGCUGAGCAGUUCUGUGAGAGUUAUGUCCCUGAGUGGCCUGAGCUUAAAGCGAGAGUAGCCAAGGCCACAGCUGAGAAAAGUGCCACGGGAAAAAUCACCCAGCAGCUCAAAAAUACAUUCGGGUUCAGACUUCCUCGUGACCCCCAGGAUAACGGGUGCUUGGACCACAUGGUGCGCAUGACCACCAGUGUCCACAGUCCCCUUAUUUCGACUGGAUGCCACCCACUGUGCCCUACAAGCCCUCCUGAGGUUGGGAAGAGACGCCAGGCUGUGCAAGAGCUGGUGAAGAAUCACCCAGAGAAGGAAUUAGAAGAGAGCUCAGUGUGCCAUAGCAACGGCUCAGUUUCACACAUCAUUCCCACAAUCUACUCUGCAGAGUCCAUCUCUACAACGUGCUGUGCCGACACUGAGCGACGAGGCAGCAUCCUCUCAUUGGCUUCCGCCAAAGUUGCGACUACAUUUAUUUCCCGCAGUAUGGCGAGAAAGAACAGCGUAUUCCCCUCGGGCUGCAUCCCCAAAAUCAACGUCAGCAGGCCUUCAGAGGCAACACCAAAGAAAGAAAAGAAGAAGAAGAAGGAAAGGGGCUUCUUGGAACCACCCAAGUGGAAAUACAAGGAGAUGAAGGAUGAGAAGAAGAAGGAAAAGAAGAAAGCUGAGAAAGAAAAGACAGAGACAGAGAAAAAGGAGAAAAGAAAAGAAAAACACAACAAGAAGGCCAAAAACUAAGAGUUUCAAAAAAGAAGAGUUAUGCUCUACGAAUCAUCCCUUCUAAGAACAAGAUGCGUUUUAAAAAUGAGUUCCACUCAGGGCUUGAAAUUUUCAAACCAAAUAUCUCAGAAAAAUUCAGCAAAUAUUGAACCUAAAAUCUAAAGGGAAAAUAGCGCAGAGAUUGUUUUUUUAGUUCCAAAACAAAAUACUGUAACAGAGGAUCUCAAACGAGCCCUGUAAAGACUCUUUGGCAGGGGUCCGAAGCUUUUAGCCUCUGAUGUCUAAAAGUUGAGACAAAUAUUAAAUAUAUUCAGGAUAUAAGUUAGUUUUCAAUGAAUAUCUUCAAAAUUUGUAGACUAAAUUAAGACUAAUUUUAAUUAUUAUGGUACAAUGCACGAAACCAAUGUUUCAGAAGCAUGUAUGCCUACCUCAUCAUUAGCAUAAAGACCUCCAUACCCAUGCCCUAUGCAAUAUGUAAAUAUAGAAACACAUAUCUAUAUAGCUCAUUUGUGUUAUUAUAUUUUUUUAUGCUUUGAUUAAGUUAUUUUUGUAAACAGCUAGCCAAAAUCAAUUGUAAAUACUGAACAGUAUGUAGUUAACAUGCCUCACAAUGAAGGAUCUGUUUAAUCCUCUAGCUCAGUUCUAAGUUUUAUUGCCACUAUCUGAUAUUGCCAAUAAACUGAUAUAUCUCCUG